AGGACGAGGACGAGGACGACGAGAGGGAGUGCAGCCGGGAAGCUGCCCGCCCACCUACCCACCACACUAGCUAGCUCCUCCCCUAGGGCUUAGCAGUUACUCACACUCACCCCCGUCUUCUUCCCUUCCGUCUCGAUCUCCUCCUCAGCUCCUCCUCCUCCUCCUCCUCGCUCCUACCUACCCGGUCAAAUGUCUUCCAGCUCAUGCGCCUCUCUCUCUCUCUUAUAAACGCAGCUGCCUCUUUUUCUCUCCUCUCCUCUCCUCCACAUGUAUCCAUCCCUGCCUCGCAGGUGCUGCCGAGAUCGAUGAUACAAGUAGCUAGACUAUCACCCAACAGCCACCACGCAAGUACUGUCCUCUGUGGUGUGUUAGAUAGUAGUUGAGCCAGCUAGUAGCUUAGCUAGAGCAGCAGCAGCAGCAGCAGCAGCUAGCUACCAUGGGGAGGUCGCCGUGCUGCGAGAAGGCGCACACGAACAAGGGCGCGUGGACAAAGGAGGAGGACCAGAGGCUCGUCGCCUACAUCAAGGCGCACGGCGAAGGCUGCUGGAGGUCGCUACCCAAGGCGGCGGGCCUGCUGCGCUGCGGCAAGAGCUGCCGCCUCCGGUGGAUCAACUACCUCCGCCCCGACCUCAAGCGCGGCAACUUCACCCAGGAGGAAGACGAACUCAUCAUCAAGCUCCACCAGAUCCUCGGAAACAAGUGGUCGCUGAUCGCCGGGCGGCUGCCGGGGCGGACGGACAACGAGAUCAAGAACUACUGGAACACGCACAUCAAGCGCAAGCUCAUCGCCCGCGGCAUCGACCCACGGACGCACCAGCCGGCGAGUGCAGGCGCCGUUGCUCCCGCCCCCGGCGCCGCCGCUUCCGCCGCCGCGCCAAGCAGCCAUCGCCAGCAUGGCGACGACAAGGCGGCGGCGGUGGUGCGGUCCAGCGGCUGCAGCUCGCGAGACAGCAGCGGUGACGAUGACAGCACGUCCGGGUCGUCCGUGCCGCACCAGCACCAGCUUGUCGUCGGCGGCAUCGACCUCAACCUGUCGCUAAGCCCGCCGACGAGCCAACCGUCAUCGCCGGCCGCCGCCAACUAGCUAGCACUACUACUGCACCAGCAAGCACACCUAGCUAAUCGUAGCGGAUAUGGCCAAGGGAGAGUGUGUCUGCUGAGAGAGAAUGAAAGCUCAUGUCUGUUGUUCGAUCAUCAGAUCGGACGCUGUAAAAUUUGACCAUAUAUGCAUGAGGAAACCCUGCGGCCUCUCUUAAUUUUUGAUACUAAAUUAAAUAUUUAUGAUGAUGAGUUGAUCAGUCA